AUGGCUGAUGACAUAUGUGUCUUCACCAAGGACUCCAUUGUCAUUAGAGCUCCCAGGAGAUCCCCUGCAUUGUUGCGGACCGUAGUUUUUGCAUUUUUAGUGGUCUGUAGUUUAUAUAUAUGUUCGAUUUGUCUAAAGCAAACUAAUUCCAGCACCAAACCCAGCAGAUUGAUGAACUUUGAGGUUGUCGAAAGGCCUUGUCAUGAUAAUAUCGUAGACCGUUCCCAAGAUCCCUACUUACACUAUCCAAGGCCAAAAACCUUCUACAGGGCGGAGUGCUCUUGCAAUCCUAUUCGGUUCUUUGCCAUUCUUUCGGUGCAGAGAUCUGGGAGCGGUUGGUUUGAGACAUUGUUGAAUAGCCAUAUUAAUGUCAGUUCAAAUGGUGAAAUAUUCUCUGUGAAAUCAAGAAGGGAGAAUAUUACUUCAAUCACUGAGACCUUGGAUAGAGUUUAUAAUCUUGACUUGCUUACCAGUGCAUCAAAGAAUGAGUGCUCAGCUGCUGUUGGUUUCAAGUGGAUGCUUAAUCAGGGGUUACUGGAGCACCAUGAAGAAAUUGUGCAGUACUUCAAUGACAAGGGUGUUUCUGUGAUAUUUCUUUUCCGGAGAAAUCUACUGCGUCGAAUGGUUUCACUGCUUGCAAAUUCUUAUGACAGAUAUGCCAAACUUCUGAACGGCACUCACAAGUCUCAUGUUCAUUCACCCGAAGAGGCUGAAACUCUUUCCAGCUAUAAGCCAGUGAUCAAUUUGACAUCAUUAACAACGGAGUUAAAGCAGAUGGAAGUGGCUGUAUCAGACGCCCUUGAACGCUUCAAGAGCACCCGUCAUAUGAUUCUAUUCUAUGAAGAUCUUGUUCAAAACAGAACGAAAUUACAAGAUGUGCAAGACUUUCUGAAGCUUCCACAGAUGGAACUGAAGAGCCGGCAGGUUAAGAUUCACAAAGGGCCAUUGUCAGAACAUAUAAGAAAUUGGGAAGAUGUCAACAAGGCACUCAAGGGAACAGAUUAUGAGAAAUUCCUCAGUUCUGACAGGUGA